AUGCAUUAUUUGACAGUUAUUUUAGUAUUAUUCAGUGUUGUGGCUCAUAAAGUUUUAACUCAAAAAACCAACGAAGACUUGGAAACACUGAAGCAACUGGAUCCCGAAUACGGCGAAACUUGGAUGUUCUUUCCCGAUGGAGAGGGAAACCCGCAAAUUGCUUAUCUGAAGUAUCCCAAUACGACCAGUAGUGAUAAGGGAAAGUACAUGGGCAGAGAUGGAAUGGGCAUGAAAUCUGAUGCGGAAGGUGGAAAUGGAGAAAUUUAUUAUUUUCUUUACCGAAAAAAUUUCGUGAAUAAACCAAAAAUGUUCAAGAUGAAUGAUGGUUCAUACAAAAGUGUCUUAGCUGAUGAUAAGAAUUACGAUCCUUCAAAAGACACAAAAAUCGUCAUUCAUGGCUGGAAAAACACUUAUAAGAGCAACGUGGGUCAAAUGGUAAAAAAUUCGUAUCUUGCGAAAAGUGAUUAUAACGUAAUUGUGGUCGAUUGGUCCAGCAUGGCAGAAGACAAUUUUUACGUUGGUUCGGCGCAAUCCACGCGCAAAGUUGGCUUCACAACUGCUAAUUUAGUGGAUUAUUUGGUGACAGAACGCAGUACGAAACUCGACAACGUUCACAUUAUCGGUCAUAGUUUGGGAGCACAAACUGCUGGAUUCACGGGAAUGAAUGUCAAAUCGGGAAAAGUUGGAAGAAUAACAGGAUUGGAUCCCGCAAAGCCCUUAUUCACGGAUAAAGAUCCAAAUACGCGACUUGAUUCGACAGAUGCGAAAUAUGUGGAUGUUGUGCAUUCGUGCGCGGGCGUUUUGGGCUCCGAAGAUUCGCUUGGCACGGCGGAUUUUUGGCCAAAUGGCGGAUCGAUGAGUCAACCGGGAUGCUUGAUGGACUUUUCAGGUGCUUGUAGUCAUGGGCGAUCGUAUGAAUUUUUCGCGGAAUCGAUUAAUCCGAAAAAAGCGCCUUUUCAGGCGUAUCCAUGUUCAGAUUUUACGGAGUUUCGGAAGGGACGAUGCUUGUCGAAUCCAGUUACGAUGGGAGAUAAUGUUCCAAAAACGGCAAAGGGGAAUUAUUAUUUGAUGACGAGAGAUCAAAAAAAUUACAAUUUUCUGCAAACGGAUCCCAAUUAUGGCGUAACAUGGACUUAUUUUCCUGAUGGAGACGGCAAUAUGCAAGUAGCGUACUUGGUAUAUCCAAAUAACAACGAAGAGAUGCACACAAAAGCUUUUUGGGGAAACAAAGAGAUUCUUUAUUAUCUCUACACACAAAAAACCAUAAAUAAUCCGAAAGUUUUCAACAUGAAAGACGAUUCUCAUAAAAAUAUUUUGGAGAAUAAUGAAAAUUUCGAUCCCGCGAAAGACACAAAAAUUGUAAUUCAUGGUUGGAGAAACAAUUAUACGAGUCCCGUGGGUCAAAUGAUCAAAAAUGCUUACCUUGAGUUCUUUGAUUAUAACGUUAUUGUUGUCGAUUGGUCCAGCAUGUCAUUCGACCCCCUUUACGUUAGCUCGGCAUACGCAACUCGCAAAGUUGGUAACGACACGGCUCUUUUAGUGGAUUAUUUGGUCACCGAACGUCAAAUGGACUUCAAUAAAAUUCAUAUCAUCGGUCAUAGUUUAGGUGCCCAAACCGCUGGUUUCGCUGGAAUGAACACAAAAUCCGGUAAAGUUGGCCGAAUAACUGGCUUAGAUCCCGCAAAACCGUUAUUUAUGAAUCCCGAUCCCGAUACGCAUUUGGAUCCAACCGACGGGCAAUUCGUGGAUGUAAUUCAUUCGAGUGCGGGACUCGCAGGAUCUGACAUGGUACUUGGCACAGCGGAUUUUUGGCCCAAUGGCGGCACAGAUAUUCAACCUGGAUGCAAUAAUAUUGGGUCGUGUAGUCAUGAAAGGUCUUAUAUUUACUACGCAGAGUCGAUAAAUCCACAAUUGAAACCAUUUGUUGCUUAUCCGUGUUCGAAUUAUUUUGAAUUUUUGCGAGGAAAAUGUACCGAAAAUCCAACUUUUAUGGGAAAUCCGACGCCAACAACCGCAAAAGGGAAUUAUUACCUUCGAACGAACUCGAAAAGUCCUUACGCGAUGUAA